CCGCUUGUCUCACCCAUCAUGAUCGCAGUUUAAAAACGGAGUGAAAUAUCAACGUUUAGUUUCUGACUCUCAAGAGAAGAUUUUCUAUAUUUGUUUUCCACAAACUGCCUGGGAAUUAAAAUGCUUUCCAGUUUGGUUCUGCUGGCGGCUUCCUUCACCACUUUCUUCUGCUGCGUGAACACCUGCAAUUACAGCUGUCCAGAUAAUCCUGUGAUGACUCCGUCCAGGCUGGUGGUGAAGUUCGGUGAUCCAGCCUCUGCUACAUGUGUAGCCUGUCAGCAGGCCUGUUUUCCCCUGGAUGACAGUAUUAGAAAUAUGGAAGCUUCUCUUGGAACUUCUAACAUAAAUGGAAGCACAGUGACCUGGACAGUGAACCAAACGACUGAGUGGAAUUUAACUCCAAAGUGCUACUAUACUACCAUAAUGAAUGAUCAGUGUUGCACCAACCUGCCUGUUACUGUCUACAAACCUCCAGAAAGUGUGUCCUUCAGCUUAAACCCCUCUGGACCUCUGACUGAGGGUUCAGAGGUCACGCUGCAGUGUGAUGUACAGAACGUCGCUCCGGCUGAAAACCUCACUGUGACCUUUUACAGAGGUCACAAGCUUCUGGGUCAAGUGAAAAGCAGCAAUACUGCAAAGAAACCAGUUAAUGAGAUAUUUUCUAUGAGCUACAACAACACAAAAGAAGAUAAUGGAGUCCAGUUCUGGUGUGAAGCCAAGCUGGUACUGGGAGCUGAAGGACCACAGCCCCCUCUAGUGGUGAAAUCAGACAAUCUCACUGCUACAGUUUAUUACGGACCUGAGCUGAAGGUUCCGGCUGAUCCCGCUCCGAUCAGCAUCAUUAGAGGAGAACCUCUCCAUUUGACCUGCUUGGCUGAAGGAAACCCCAAACCUCGGUACAACUGGACGCUGCCGCCCAACAGAGGCCACAUCAGUGUGACCGAUCUGAAAAUCGACUCAGUGGAUUUUCAGGACGGAGGGCAAUAUGUCUGCACCGCCAACAACACCGUGAACUCCGUCAGUGUUAGAUUUGACGUAACAGUCCGAGAAAACUUCAUUCCGUACAUAAUAGGUGCCGUAGUAGCUACUGCGGCUCUGAUAUUGAUCGGCUCAGGAGUCAUCUACGGUUGUUAUUACAAACAGAACAAGAUGGGAGAAUACCGACCAACAGACGCUUUCUGUUUGGGCGAAAAAACAGCCACGCGUGCUUAAUAGGUGGCACAAUAGCUGCUGUGGUUGUGCUUUCGAUCGUCGUUGCCAUUGCAGUCUACAUCUUUUACUACAAACCAAAGAAAAUGGGAGAGAGCCAACUAUAGGACAUUCACCUUUAUGACACAGUGCAUCACGGAGGGAAAAUCUGAGGCUGGAAGAGGCUUAGGUCCAGUGACACUGAGUCAGCUUGGUGUUGUUACAAGUUCUUCCGUUUCCAAUGAAGGACAUAAAUUCUGCUUCCUGCAUGGAAAUACUGACUUGCUCUUUCUUGGACGGUUGGGUUUUCUGUUGUGUUUGGCUCAAACUUAUGUUUCUAUUUAGCUCAUUUCCUUGUUGCUAAUGUUUGCCAUGUUAGCUAAGACCAUUGUAAUAAAUAUUACAUUGACCAUUGUAAUAAAUAUUUCAAUGGUCUUAGGGGGUUAGGGUUAACCCUUACCCUACCCCUAACCCUAACCCUACGUUCUAUGUACAAUUUAAUUUGGACAGUGUAUUGGUAUUAUGUCUUAGUGGUGGGAAACGUCUUACUUUCCGACUUAAACGUAGGAUUUAAAAUGACUUCCUAUGCAUUUAUGCCACCUCAAAACUUCUGUCUUAAAAAUAUCUGUCCGUUUCGUGUUGAUUGGAUGAUCUAAAGCAGUGGUUGCUAAACAUUUUAUGAUACGUCAGUAAAUACUGUAUGUCGAGUCCUGUGUCAUCUCUUAUGCUCUUUUCUGUCUAGCCCUCCCCUCAGGUUUUUUAAAAGAUUAAUAGCUGUGUUUCCAUCGGAAAUGAAUGCAAAAUUUUGCAAUUGCAGUGAUUCCAUGAAAUAAAAAUCACAGUUUUGUGAAAUAUAUUAAUUUUGAUACGGCCCAAAAAACAUCCUCGUCUUAGUGCAAAAAUCUUUUUAUCGAGAAACAUGAGUUGUAGUCUUCUAAACUCAUGUUUAGUGAGUGGGGUUGUUUUUUUCUAAUUGUUUUCACAAAUACAUUUUUAAAAUUAUUUUUUUAAUUCUAAUUAUACGGUCAGUGGUCAGUGGUUGUUGAUGGCUCAUCUGGUUUCUGGAAGUAGUCAUUCCAAGACAUUAAAUAAAUUACUCUGCCUCUCUAUUUCCUCAUGUUCAUGUCCAGAUUUUUGGCGUGUUAAACCUGUUUUGUACUCUGACUUACUCAGCCGAAUGUAAUCUGAAUUAAAUGCAAUUUAAUUUACAUUGAACUCCACUCAGUCCAUGCUCCACUCAUGGACUGAGUGGAGCAUGAAGCAAUAAUAAUCCCUUCUACUUUACGAUGUAAUAAACAAACGUGACGCCCUGA